CCCAGCCCCACAUCCAGGCCGUAGUCACUGAGAGGCAUCGGAUGGGCGAGUGUCCCGUGUGGGAGGAGGCCACGGGACAGCUGGUCUACGUGGACAUACUCGCGCAGACCGUGUGCCGCUGGGGCCCGCACAAGGCGCAGGUGCAGACGGUGCGGCUGGGAGACCCCGUGGGCUGCGUGGCCCUGCGCGACAAGGACCCGGGCAGCUACGUGGUGGCCGCGGGCACGCGCGUGGGACUGCUGGACUGGGACUCGCAGGAUGUGCAGUGGGUGGCGCAGCUGGACGGACAGACGCCUGGCAUCCGGGUCAAUGACGGCAAGGUGGACCCCGCGGGGCGCUUCGUGGCAGGUGACACGGGGUCACGGGGGUCAUGGGGUCACAGGGACAGGGUCACCGGGUCACCAUGACUUCUCCCACCGUGUCCUCUCCGUGUGACCGUGAUCCGACCCCGCCCUCUGACCCCGAAGGUACCAUGCCCGAGCCCCUGGCCCCCGGGGUGUGGGAACCCGCGCGGGGCGCCCUCUACUCGCUCCACGGGGACCACGUGGUGCGGAAGCUCGCCGACCGGCUGGGCAUCUCCAACGGGCUGGACUGGUCACCUGACCAGCGCACGUUCUAUCACGUGGACAGCCUGGACUACGCCGUGUACGCGUAUGACUAUGACGUGCAGGCGGGGACCAUCGAGAACCGCCGGCUCCUGCUCCAGCUGCCGCGGGGCGGGGCGAUGCCCGACGGGCUGUGCGUGGACACCGCAGGGUCGCUGUGGGUGGCGUGCAUCGACGGGGGCCGCGUGAUCCGCGUGGACCCGCACACGGGGUCACGCGUGGGAACCCUGGAAUUCCCCGUGUCCCGCGUCACUUCCUGCUGCUUCGGUGGAGCUGACUAUGCGGAUCUCUUCGUGACGUCAGCAGCCGACGGGCUGAGCGCGGAGCAGCUGCGGGGGGAGCCGCAGGCGGGUCACGUGUUCAAGGUCUCCGGCCUGGGCGUUCGUGGACGCGCGUGUUUCACCUUCGUAGGCUGAGGCCAAGUCCUGUCCAGGUGACCCCCGUGACCCCAUGACCCCUGCGAACCCCCGUGACCCCCAUGACCCAUGUGAAACCCUGUGACUCCCGUGUCCCCAUGACCUCCAUCAUAAAUCCUGCUGUGACGUGUGUUUCCACGAGUGUCCGCGUCCGUGGGGUCAAGGAUCAUGAGGUCACUGCAGACCACGGAGAGGACUGAGCCGGGUCCUGAUGCUAAGUACACAGUACACAGAACCUGGGGUCCGAGGACUCAGCACAGCACUCGUGCUAUGUACACAGCUAAGUACUCAGGAGGACUUAGACAAGCAGUGCACAGACUGGAACAGAAACUGAGUCCGUCCUUUUCUGCAGCACAGCACUCAUGCUGAGUACACAGUACACAGUACCCGGGGUCCGAGUACUCAGCACAGCUCUCGUGCUAUGUACACAGUACAUAGCUAAGGACUCAUGAGGACUUAGACAAGCACUCACACACAGGGGCGGGGCCGUCCUGUUCAGCGGGUUCAGCAGGUACUCAGUACAGCACUCAUGCUAUAUACACAGUACACAACUAACUACUCACGAGGUCUUAGACCAACACCACGCAGCUCUUCAACCUUCUUAGUUUUCAGUACUCAGCAUGGUGACGUGAGCACUCAGGAGGACUGAGACAAGCACUCACAGCUCUUCAGCCUUUUCGGUUUUCAGUCAAGUUGUGCAUCUGAUACCAUGAACGUGAUUACAAGGGGUGACUCCGGGGUCACGUGGUUACCGGGGUCACGGGGUCAUCAGCCCUGGGGAGGUGACCCGGGCCCAAGUGCAGAUCAAACACUCCAAACACAGACACUGUUGUC